CGUAAAUACAAUACAUGUAACCCAAUAUUACCCAUUCUCUCAUAAACACUCCAUAUCUCCCAAUCCAAAUUCCACCCCGCAACGAGAAAUAUAUCCAAAAUGAUUCCCGUCAUCCUCUGUGGCCGAACAACAAAAAUCGCCACUGGGGUUAUCGCUGCGCUCAAACCCGAAAUCGACGGUAAUCACCAACCCUACUUCCCAACCACACAAGAGAAACAUGCUAAACAUCUCGAGGGGUUCCCAGUCAUCCACCUAUGUCUUUCUAAUGAAGCAGCAAAAUCUCAGAUCCCAUUAAUCCUCAAAAUGGAACCUGUAACCACGAUAACGAACUUGGGUCCAAGAAUUAUACCGCGAUACCCAAAGCGGUGAUUAUGGGUGCGGGGUAUAGCGAUACAGAUGUAGACAGUAUUCGGAAGGCAUGUCGAGAUGUGCAGACGCCUUCGAUUCCGUGGCUUCAGGUAUGAAUUGUUCUUCUGCUCUGAUAUUUGAAGUGCAUAUUUUGAUGAUGUGCCGUUCAACAGUCGGAUACAAGCUUACCGACACCACCCCUUGGUCCUGAGGUACGUGAUUAGCCACGAUGCGAAUAGUGUUUGUAGCUCAUCUGUAAUAGUAUGGCAGAGCAUUGGUAGUACGGAUCAAAGCUCCAAUGAUGAGGAUGGAGAAAGAUAAACAGGAAAGUGGCAAGAUCGAAUCCACGGAUGAUAUAGUCUAUUAUUGAUCUUGAUAUUUCCAUACUGCAAAGGGGCCAGAAGAUGCACAUCGAAAUGAGAGCUGCAAGAACGAG